GCAGAACGAGGUGAUUCACAUUGCCAAGAAGAUGGACAAGAUGGUGCAGAAGAAGAACGCAGCUGGUGCAUUGGAUUUGCUGAAAGAGUUUAAGAAUAUUCCCAUGACUCUGGAUUAUUACAGUCCACGAGAAUUGGGAUGUCUGUCAAUGCUAUGCGUAAGCAGAGUACAGACGAAGAAGUUGCAUCUUUAGCCAAAUCACUCAUCAAAUCCUGGAAAAAAAUGUUAGAUGGUCCAUCAACUGAUAAAGACCCUGAAGAAAAGAAAAAAGAACCUACAAUUUCAUCACAGAAUAGCCCUGAAGCAAGAGAAGAAAGUAGUUCCAGCGGCAAUGUAAGCAGCAGAAAGGAUAAGACAAAUGCUCGAGACACUUAUGUUUCAUCUUUUCCUCGGGCACCAAGCACUUCUGAUUCUGUGCCGUUAAAAUGUAGGGAGAUGCUAGCUGCAGCUCUCCGGACGGGAGAUGACUACGUUGCUAUUGGAGCCGAUGAGGAAGAACUGGGAUCACAGAUUGAGGAAGCUAUAUAUCAAGAAAUACGGAAUACAGACAUGAAAUACAAAAACAGAGUACGGAGUAGGAUAUCAAAUCUUAAAGAUGCAAAGAAUCCAAAUUUAAGGAAAAAUGCGCUGUGUGGGAAUAUUCCUCCUGACCUAUUUGCUAGAAUGACAGCAGAGGAAAUGGCUAGUGAUGAGCUCAAAGAAAUGAGGAAAAACCUGACCAAAGAAGCCAUCAGAGAGCAUCAGAUGGCCAAGACAGGUGGGACCCAGACUGACUUGUUCACGUGUGGCAAAUGUAAAAAGAACUGCACUUAUACACAGGUGCAGACUCAUAGUGCUGAUGAACCAAUGACAACAUUUGUCGUAUGUAAUGAAUGUGGAAAUCGAUAGAAGUUCUGUUGAGUUGGAAAAAUCGGCAAGUUUCACAGAACUCUGUUAAAGUUUCUAGGCUUCUCACAAAUCCACUCACAGGCAUACUUCUGGUGACUUUUCCCCCAUAAGAAGACAGGCUGGGAAGGAAAUGUCAGCAUCUUCGUAGAGUUCCUUGAGGCAGCAUGACUGGACUUGCACUUGGGAAUCUACUGACUAAGGACUAAGCCUAAGAACUGUGUUAAUCAUUAAGCUGUGCUCUUUGCUUAUGAAGGUUGCAAAAAGAAAAAGGAAAAUCUUUUAGUCUGAAUCUUUUGUGCUUUUUUUCUUACAUGAUGAUGUUGAGCCCACUGAAAUGUAGGCUGUAGCAAGUAGUUUUACAAUACAUAUGUCACAAUUAAGUUUUA